ACGGUAAAACAAAAUUAAUGAUAAAGAAACCCUUUCAGCUCGCUGUUCAUGGAGGAACUUCAGAGAAAAUUAAGCCAACGACAUGAAGAAAGGCCUCGUAAAGUCAGGUUUAAAAUAUCUUCAGCAUACAGUGGAAGAGUUUUAAAGCAGGUGUUUGAAGAUGGCCACGAACUGGAGUCUCCAGAAGAAGAAUAUCCUCAUAGUUUUGUACAUGAAAGUUUUGAGCACUCUGAGCAAUAUUAUAGCUCAGGCGAGGUCCAUCCUCGAUUCUAUCCAACUACUCGUCUGACAGCCAAAAGAAUAAGUGUUUUCAGAGACGGUACCACUUAUAGAUUAUCAGGUGACCCAAUUUUGUCUGAUGACCAUGGAAUGAACCAGACUAGUAAUGUGAUAGACUUCGGCAAGAUCAUAAUCUAUACCAAUAAUUUAAAGAUUAUACGUACUCCAGUGGACAAAACGGGUUCCCCUGAAAGCCAGAAACGCUUGCACAAAGGUGGAAGACAAAGUUAUGAAGGGGAAAUACGCUCUACAUUAACAGAAGCACAUGAAAAUCCUGCAGAGCAAAAUGUACAGGAAGAUGAUGAGAGCUGCCAGUGCCCCCAGUGCAGAGGAUCCGGCUGCACUCCAUGUUCUUUGUGCCAUGGCAGCAAGUUUUCCAUGUUGGCAAAUCGCUUUAAAGAAUCCUAUAAGUCCUUGAGAUGCCCUGCUUGCGAUGAGAAAGGACGCCAGCCAUGCCAGAUAUGCUGUCAUUAACACUCCAAAACAUUCCUGUUUCCUACCUAUACAAUAACACUUAAGAUGAGAAUUUCUAAAUGCAUCCUCUAGCUUCUAUAUGAGUAAAAUACAGAGAUAACAUACAAAUACAGAGAGUCACAUCCCUACAGAAUACAGAAUGGGAGGUCAAACGGAAUUCAGGAGCAGAAGGACAGUGCCUCAGUUGAUCAUUAAAUGCAAUGUAUGAUAAGUGUUAAGAAUUAAUGACACAACUGGGUAGGGAACCAUGCAAGCAAGAGCUCACCAUAUUGCACCACACAAAUCAUUUAAAUAUCUACAAACAACACAAAAAAUGACACUGCUUUAUGCAAUACUGAUUUUAUCUGGUACAUACAUCUUUUAAAACUUAAAAGGUGGUCCAUAGACUGGACAGCUCUUACAAACGCAGUGCACUUUGCAAAUUGCCAUUUUUUUCCCCACUAUGCAGCAUUUUUUUCCAGAAUUCCAGCAUCAUUGCAGCCACACACGUUGUAGUUGUUGUGUCUGGUGAAACUGCACCAACAUAGAUGUAAAAAUAGAGUGGCAUCAUUAACAGAAUGAGAUUCCCUUGGUGCAACUCCUCAGUCGAAGCCAGGAACUUCUGCCAGGUCCAGACAGGGGGUAAUUCCAGGGUCCCCUUGCCUUAAUUAGCAAGCUUCAGCAGUAUUCAUCAUUGCAACCUGCUCAGCUGCUGUGAUGCUCCCUGCAGUAAGUACAUAUUAUGAAUGGUGUUAAUGCAUGUUUAAAAUUGCAUCCAUUUUAGCACACUACACUUGCAGUAGUGUUUGCAACUGAGCCCUUUGCUGCAACAUAAUUAUGAAAUAAAAGCACAGAAUAGACACUUUCAUAAGUAGAGUUAGUUGGCUAUGAGCGCAUGCAGAGCCUAUUCAGAAGUAAAUAAUUAAAUUGUGCCCGCAUUAUGUACAGCCUAUUUAAGGGAAUAUCAAUAAUGGCAAGAGUGGUUAGCCUCAAACAGUAAAUUAUUUAGUCUUCACAGUGUGCAUAUUCUCUGCAGCCCAAGUAAUGUACCUGCCAAUACAAGAGCUUAACUUUGGAGCUGCUGAAUCAUUUUACUGCUAGUGUGACAAGUAGUACUUGAUAAAGAGUUUACCACUUUUGAAACACAUUGUGUGAGCAAUAAAGUAACUCAGCAGUUUAGCUCUGCUGUUGCAUUGUGCUCUGAUGUUUAUCUCCUGUAUGUAAGGAAAUAAAAAUGCAAGAUAAACCCUAGUUAUAUCAGUCAGCUAAUUAGACAAACGGCUGUAGAAAAAAGCAACUUGUUGUACCCUAAACAGCUGUCUAAUGUGUCAUUACCCGCUUUUCUUUUCCCUGGACACAUGUAAAUUUGAUUGGUUGCUGAUAUAAAGUGGUACCAAAUAAAUGUUAUAUGAUGUAGUAUGUUUAUUUCCCUUCUGGUGUUGUGUUUGCUGCGUGUAUUGAUUGCUCCCUUACCAAUGUCUUACUUGGCCAGGUGCUUUGUGUUAAACACAUAAGCAUAUAUAUUUGCCUUUGCAAUAAAUCUGCAAUAGAGAGCUAAUGUA